AUGAUAAACAACACCGAAGGUUCUCCGAUUUUAGAUUUACUGCAAUACGAGGAAAAAGACGGCGAAUAUGAAUUGGUGAAAAAAUCAAUACCAACUUUGGACAAAAUUAAGGAACUUUGUGGGGAUGAUGAAAUUUGCAUUAGGUACAACGAAGUUUAUGCUCAAGUACUGAACGAUACGGAGUAUGCAAGCCAGUUCACUGUUAUUGAUGUGACUAACGACAAAUCACAAAAUGGUGGUAAAAAACAGAGAACAAAGCGGAGCCUUCAAUGUCCGACGUUUAACCCAGCCAGCACAAGUGUCGAGCAAAGAAGCUUAUCGCCAUGGACAUAUGUGAUUCACCAAGACCGUAAUAGGCGACCAAGCACAAUCUUGCAAGCUAAGUGCUUAUGUUAUGGCUGUUAUGACAUGGACAGUCCUACGCUGGCGGAAAACAUAAACCUCGUCAGUACUCCUAUUCGAUACAGUGUUAGAUUGCCCAAAAGAAUAAACGGUGUAUGGGUACGAAGACCAUAUAACAUACAACGAGGUUGCCAAUGUCAAGUGCCUUUGUACAUGUAA